AUGGCUUAUGCUUAUGAUCGGAUUGAAAAAGAUUUAAAAAAAGACUUAUUUCGGCACUUUAUUCGGGCUAAGUAUGCUAAUUCGGUUGAAGUUUCUCGUAAUUUAAUUACUCAAUUUGCCAGCGAUUUGGAUGAAAUUGCUUAUAGUAUUUGGUUUAUUCCUAAUCGCUUAAUUUACGUGACGGCAGCUAUUGCUUGUGUAAUUAUCUAUGAUUUUAAUUUUGGCAAUGAAAAAGGAGGAAUUAACUGGGGAUUUUUGGCCAUUGUGUUUGGUUUGUUUGUGAUUCUAAUUAUUAGUGAAAUAAUAUUAUUUAAAAAAGCCAGCAAAAUAAAUGUAGCUGCGAAAAAAAGGCAAGAAGAAGAUAAUAAGAUGAUUUACGAACGAAUUAACAAUUUAGAAUAUAUUAAAUCCAUUUCGGGAGAAAAGUACGAAGAAGAAAAAGUUAAUCAACAACUCGAUGCCACUUUCCAAAAAAAUAAAAAAGCAUUAUGGUAUAGUACCAUGUUUAAAACUAUUCCUAAUUAUCUGGUAGUUCCUAACAUUCCUGUUUUUUUUUUGGCUGCAACCCUAACUUUGGCCAAAGAGAAUAGUAGAACGAGCGCUGUGUUCGCUAUCGGUAAUUUUUCUGGUUAUUACAUGUCCGUCAAAAAUUUAAACAGCGAAGUCGGAAAAAUAGUCGAUGCUUUAUUAACCUUAGACGAACUUUCUACUAAUUUGGAGAUUGUUAAUGAGACAGUACAAGUUCUCCACCACCCAACUGGCCAUUUACCUCAGAAAUUCCUUCCUAAGAAAAAGCAGCCUUUUGUCAAUGGCGAUAUAAUUUUUCAAAAUGUCGUUUUUGCUUACCCCAAACGACCUCAACAAGAUAUUUUGCGAAAUUUUACUUUCACUUUUCAACAAGGGAAAGUUUAUGGUAUUGCCGGGAAAAAUGGCAUUGGUAAAAGCACUAUCACCAAAACCACCCUCAAACUCUAUGACCUAAAAGCCGGAAAAAUAUUGAUUGGUCAACGUAAUGUUCAAGAAAUUGAUACGGUUAGCCUACAUCGAAGCAUUUGCUACCAAACUAACCGCCCAACCUUUUUUGGUAUGAGCAUUGCCGAGAAUGUUUGUUAUCCUAAUAAUUAUGACAAAAAAAAUUAUGAUAAGUUAGUUCAAGCCGCGAAAAAAACUGGUAUUUAUGAAUUUAUUACCAGAUUACCGCAAGGAUUUGAUACCGUAUUAAGAGAAGGAGGCAGUGACCUUUCCGAAGGACAAAAACAGCAAAUUUCCGCCAUGAAAAUGUUUAUUAAUGACUAUGAUAUUUACAUUUUGGACGAGAUAUUAAGUAAUGUUUAUCCUGACCUCAAAGAAAUUAUUCUCCAAAAUAUUUUUGACAAGUUAAAAGGUAAAACAGUAUUAGUAAUUGACCAUCACUAUAAGAUAUUUGAAUAUGUUGACUAUAUUUAUCAAUUUACUGGCGAGAAAUUAAUUCGCAUGAAUAAGAAAGAUUUUUUGAGUUAA